GGGCGGAGCCAGCACUGUUUGAAGAGCUCUGAGCUCUGGCAGCUGCACACUCAGUCACCAACCCAGGAGCUGUGAGUAUUGCACUGGAUUCUGUGGGAGGAUAGAGGAUACCUUGUAAGGCUCCUUUGCAGACAUUGUUCUCUCUGGGAAGGGGUGGAGACAGCUGUUUAAAGACACUGCAACCAGAAAGCCAAGCAUUCUGUCACUAAGCAGGAGACUGAGUGCCCACUUGGAAGAAGAAAUAAAAGAUGGUUCUUAGCACAGAGGAAAACAGGAGUGUUGAUUUAGUCAACUUACCCAGUGUCCCACUGCCCGAUGGAGAGGCUGGCGUAGGGGAGAACAACAAGGAUUCCUUGAACAACCUCUGCAGUCAGUAUGAGGAGAAGGUGCGGCCCUGCAUUGACCUCAUCGACUCCCUGCGAGCUCUGGGUGUGGAGCAAGACCUGGCCCUGCCUGCCAUCGCUGUCAUCGGGGACCAGAGUUCAGGGAAGAGCUCUGUGCUGGAAGCACUGUCUGGAGUGGCCCUCCCCAGAGGCAGUGGUAUUGUCACCAGAUGUCCCCUGGUGCUGAAAUUGAAGAAGCUGAAUCAGGGAGAGGAGUGGAAAGGCAAAGUCACCUAUGAUGACAUCGAAGUGGAGCUCUCUGAUCCUUCAGAGGUGGAAGAGGCCAUCAACACAGGUCAGAACCAUAUUGCUGGGGUAGGGCUGGGGAUCAGUGAUAAACUCAUUAGCCUGGAUGUCAGCUCCCCACACGUCCCAGACCUGACUCUGAUUGACCUUCCUGGAAUCACCAGGGUGGCUGUAGGCAACCAGCCUGCAGACAUAGGACGGCAGAUCAAGAGACUUAUCACUAACUACAUCCAAAAACAAGAGACCAUCAACCUGGUGGUGGUCCCCAGCAAUGUGGACAUUGCCACCACAGAGGCCCUGAGCAUGGCUCAGAAGGUGGACCCUGAUGGGGAUAGGACCAUAGGGAUCUUGACCAAGCCUGAUCUGGUGGACAGAGGGACUGAAGACAAGGUCGUGGAUGUGGUGAGGAACCUCGUGUGCCACCUGAAGAAGGGCUACAUGAUAGUCAAGUGCAGGGGUCAGCAGGACAUCCAGGAGCAGCUGAGCCUGGCUGAGGCUCUUCAGAAGGAGCAAGUCUUCUUCAAGGAACACCCUCAAUUCAGAGCUCUUCUGGAGGAUGGGAAGGCCACAGUGCCCUGCCUGGCAGAGAGGCUGACCAUGGAGCUCAUCUCACACAUCUGUAAAUCUCUUCCUUUGUUAGAAAAUCAAAUAAAGGAAAGUCACCAGAGUACAAGUGAGGAGCUGCAGAAGUAUGGUGCAGACAUACCAGAAGAUGAGAAUGAAAAAACUCUCUUCCUGAUUGAAAAAAUCAAUGCUUUUAACCAGGACAUCACUGCCAUAGUAGAAGGGGAAGAGAUUGUGAGGGAGAAAGAAUGUCGCCUAUUCACCAAGCUCCGUAAAGAGUUCUUCUUGUGGAGUGAGGAGAUCGAAAGGAAUUUCCAAAAAGGUUCUGAUGCUUUAUAUAAAGAAGUCUACACAUUCGAAAUGCAGUAUCGUGGCCGAGAACUACCAGGGUUUGUGAAUUACAAAACAUUUGAGAACAUCAUAAGAAGACAAAUCAAAACCCUGGAAGAACCAGCUAUGGAAAUGCUUCACAAGGUCACUGAAAUUGUACGGGCUGCCUUUACAACGGUUUCUGAGAAAAAUUUCUCUGAGUUUUUUAAUCUCCACAGAACUACCAAGUCCAAACUUGAAGACAUCAGAUUAGAACAGGAAACGGAAGCAGAGAAGGCGAUCCGGCUUCACUUCCAGAUGGAACAAAUCAUCUACUGCCAGGACCAAAUUUAUAGGAAAGCCUUGCAGAAGGUGAGAGAGGAGGAAGCUGAGGAGGAGGAGAGGAAGCAUGGCAAAAGCAGGUCCGCUCAGUCCCCAAAUUUACAGACCUCAUCCAUGGAUGAAAUCUUCCAGCAUCUGAAUGCCUACCGCCAGGAGGCUCACAACUGCAUCUCCAGCCACAUUCCAUUGAUCAUCCAGUAUUUCAUCUUGAAGAUGUUUGCUGAGAAGCUGCAGAAGGGCAUGCUCCAGCUCCUGCAGGACAAGGAUUCCUGCAGCUGGCUCCUGAAGGAAAAGAGUGACACCAGUGAGAAGAGGAGAUUCCUGAAGGAGCGGUUGGCAAGGCUGGCCCAAGCUCAGCGCAGGCUAGCCAAAUUCCCUGGUUAAGCUGGCCCUGUCCUUUCCUGUGUCUCCUGGAUAAUUAAAUAUUCAGGGACAGAAGGGUUCCAGCCUUGUUGUGGUUUGCCCUAAGAUAUCUGUAUUUUGAUGCUAAUUCCACUGCCCCAGGGACAGCUGCCUAGUCCUGUACUCAGGAAUCAGGUGACUUCACCAGAAACUUCUCCCCAUUGAAUUUGUAAAAUACAGGUGAGGGGCACAUAGAGGAUAGAAAGAGGCCUGUAAUUGGACCAGAAGUAAGGAUUGGUGGGAGAGAAGUUUAAAGGAAGGGGAGGAUACUGGAAGGGAAAGAAGGAGAGGAGAGAGAUAGAGAGAAGCCAUGGCAGGACAAUAUGGCAGGUGACAUUAAGAUUCCAUGCUGUACCUUUACAGGUUGUUACAAAUGUUCUUAAGGGAUGGAUGGUACUGGGCUUUGUAUGUUUAGGUGGGCAAUUAUAUCUUACCAAUUGGGUCAAA